UUUGAAACUCGUCAACGUUACAAGUUUACAACACCUACCUUUUGCCAAAUCCUUCGGAAACCUCUCUAAACUCUGUUUCAAUACCUGAGCAUCGCAGCAAAGGGAUUCCUGACUUGUUAGUUCCGUAAAUCUAGGAAUGGAACCGUCCAAACCAACGGUGAGGUUUACACUGGGAAAGCAGUCGUCGCUGGCCCCGGACCGGCACACGGACGACGAGGGGUCAGUUACCGAGAACGACGAAGUUGCGGAGGGCAUAGACCCGGGGGUCCGGUUGAUGUACCUGGCCAAUGGAGGCGAUCUGGAAGGGAUCCGUGAGCUCCUCGACUCCGGCGUUGACGUCAAUUUCAAGGACAUCGACGAUCGGAGGGCUCUCCAUGUCUCGGCCUGCCAGGGCUUCACCGACGUCGCCGCGCUCUUGCUCGACCGUGGCGCAGAGAUUGACCCAAAAGACCGCUGGGGGAGCACGCCUCUUGCUGAUGCUAUAUAUUACAAGAACCACGACGUGAUAAAGCUUUUGGAGAAAUGUGGUGCGAAGCCUCUGAUGGCCCCAAUGCACGUUAGACAUGCCCGUGAAGUCCCGGAGUACGAAAUCAAUACUAAUGAGCUUGAUUUUACGAACAGUGUGGAAAUAACUAAGGGAACCUUCCAUAUAGCAUCGUGGCGUGGGAUACAAGUCGCUGUAAAAAAGCUUGGGGAGGAAGUUAUUACUGACGAGGAUAAAGUAAGGGCAUUCAGGGAUGAGCUUGCAUUACUUCAAAAGAUUCGGCAUCCAAAUGUAGUCCAAUUCCUGGGUGCUGUGACUCAAACUAGUCCAAUGAUGAUUGUGACAGAAUAUCUGCCCAAGGGAGAUCUUUGUGCAUUCCUAAGAAAAAAAGGUGCUCUAAAGCCCUCAACAGCUGUGAGAUUUGCACUUGAUAUCGCAAGGGGAAUGAAUUAUUUGCAUGAGAAUAAGCCAGAACCAAUAAUUCACCGUGAUCUUGAGCCUUCAAAUAUAUUGCGGGAUGAUUCUGGGCACCUGAAAGUUGCGGACUUUGGAGUUAGCAAGUUGCAGACAGUGAAAGAAGAUAAGCCUCUUACUUGUCAAGAAACUUCUUGCCGAUAUGUGGCUCCAGAAGUUUUCAUAGCUGAAGAAUAUGAUACUAAAGUUGAUGUGUUCUCAUUCGCUUUAAUUCUACAAGAGAUGAUUGAAGGCUGCCCACCAUUUUCGGCAAAGCUAGAAAAUGAUGUUCCCAAAGUAUAUGCUGCAAAAGAGCGCCCACCUUUUAGAGCUUCAGCAAAGCUCUACGCACAUGGACUUAAAGAGUUGAUUGAGGAUUGCUGGAGUGAGAAGCCAGCUAAAAGACCAACAUUUCGGCAAAUAAUAAGAAGGCUGGAGUCCAUUCACAAUAGUCUUGGACAUAGAAGCCGUUGGAAGGUCUCUCUCUCUCUGUGUUAGACCGUUGAGAUGCUUUCAGAACCUGGAAGCCAUGUUGAAGAGAGAGAAUUCUCUAAACAGUCGUUCGUCUCGUUCUAAUGCCAGCAGCCAAUGAUUGGACAGAUUUGUGUUCUCUUCAUGUAUCUUAAUUUGUGCAGAAACUCUUUUCCAGUUUUUAGGCAGGAGCAUCUUUUUCUAAUCUGUGUAAUCCCACUUAAUUCAAAUCGAAUCUGAAGUUGACUAUCUCUCCCAUUGAACUUGUGGGCUGAGAAUGUAUUGAUUCAACAAUAUAAAGGCUGUUCAUUUACACUAUACAUGUUAUCAUAAAUGUUUUUCAUUUC